GGCACUCGCGGCUGACCUCAGCGCUGGGGAGCGGCCGCCCAGCGCCUCACGCGGCUUGACCAAUAAAAGCCCAGUCGAGCGGCGGCUCCGGCCGUUCGAGGACUUGCCGCCGUCGCUUCUGCCUCGCCGCUCCCGACUUUUGACCGACCUGAACGCCUCGAGGUGGGCAGCCCGACCCGACCCAAAGGAUUUGACUCGGGGGUCGGAUUGGCCGGCGAGCGGAGGGCAAAGAUGCUGUUUUGGCACACGCAGCCGGAGCAUUACAACCAGCACUCGACGGGCAGCUAUUUGCGUGAUGUGCUUGCACUGCCGUUCUUUAAACAAGAAGAGCCUCAACUUUCCCCUGAGAAUGAUGCAAAACUUCCUCCGUUUCAAUAUGUGCUCUGUGCAGCAACAUCUCCUGCCAUAAAGCUUCAUGAAGAGACUCUGACUUAUCUCAACCAAGGUCAGUCAUAUGAAAUCCGUCUACUUGAGAAUAGGAAAUUGGGAGAGUUUCAAGAUUUAAACACAAAAUAUGUAAAGAGCAUUAUUCGGGUAGUUUUUCAUGAUCGGCGUUUGCAAUAUACUGAGCACCAACAGCUAGAAGGCUGGAGAUGGAGUCGGCCUGGAGACCGCAUCCUUGACAUAGAUAUCCCACUGUCAGUUGGUAUCUUAGAUCCCAGAGCAAGUCCCACCCAGCUGAAUACAGUUGAAUUUCUGUGGGAACCAUCUAAGAGAGCAUCUGCAUUUGUUCAGGUGCACUGUAUUAGUACGGAAUUUACUCCAAGGAAACAUGGAGGGGAGAAAGGGGUACCAUUCCGAAUACAAAUGGAUACAUUUAAACAGAAUGAAAAUGGGGAGUAUACAGAACACUUGCAUUCUGCAAGCUGCCAGAUCAAAGUAUUUAAGCCUAAAGGAGCAGAUAGGAAACAGAAAACAGACAGAGAAAAAAUGGAGAAGAAAACCACUCAAGAAAGGGAGAAAUAUCAGCCUUCCUAUGAUACAACCAUUCUCACUGAGUGUUCCCCAUGGCCGGAUGUGCCUUAUCAAGUGAACAACGCUCCAUCUCCAAAUUACAACAGCUCUCCAAACAGUUUCAGCCUUGGAGAAGGCAACAGUUCUCCAACUCAUCAGGUGGAGCUCCUGCCUUCCAGCAAUGAUCAUCUCCUUCCCUCUGCUUCUAUUCAAGAUGCUCAGCAGUGGCUUCAUCGAAAUAGGUUUUCUCAGUUCUGUAGACUAUUUUCAAGUUUCUCAGGUGCUGACUUACUGAAGAUGUCCAAAGAAGACUUUGUUCAGAUUUGUGGCCCAGCUGAUGGCAUUCGACUUUUUAAUGCCAUUAAAGGAAGGAAUGUAAGGCCUAAGAUGACCAUUUAUGUCUGUCAAGAACCUGAGCAAAAUCGGACUCAUCAUCAUCAAAAACGAGAGAAUGGAGAUGGUACUCUUUGUAUAUACCAUGCUAUCUUCUUAGAAGAGUUAACUACACUGGAGUUGAUGGAGAAGAUUGCAAACUUGUACAGUAUUUCCCCACAGCAGAUAAACCGGAUCUAUCGGCAGGGACCUACAGGGAUCCAUGUAUUAGUGAGCAACGAGAUGGUGCAAAACUUUCAAGAUGAAUCUUGUUUCCUCAUCUCCACAUUGAAAGCUGAAAGUAAUGAUGGUUACCAUAUUAUUCUGAAAUGACCCACUUCUCUGUAUAUUUGGACUUGGAUCAGCUGCACAGCACGAUGUCUCAUUCUCCUUCCUGCAACUCAGCCUGUAAAGAUAGAAAAUCCAUUGGAUAAAACAGUCUUAUUAACCAAAAGCCCUAACAAAGAAGAUUAAAAUGUGUAUUUGGGAGACUUGAGGACGACAUAAUGCCUUUGCUUUGUUCCUGAUCAAGUGAUAUUUUGAGUCAAGUGCCUUGUUCAGAAAGUAUUGAAAUGACAGAUGAAAUAAGCUGAUGCAAUAAACCACCAGGUUUUGGAAUUCAUCUUGGAUGUGAAUUUGAAAUUGACUGGGCUUAUUCUAUUGUCUCCUCUCUUUCCAGACAGUUAGAGGAAGUUAAUUGCAGGUUUUUAUAACUGAUAUGUACUACUUUCUCCCUUAAAGCAGUAUUUUUUAAUACUACUUUGGUAACUUGAAGAUAUGUGGAUUUCAGCUGUAAAGAAUUCCCCAUACCAUCAAAUUGCCAAAGUUCACAGACACUUAUUCAGAGCAAAGAAACUAUCUUCUAAGCUCAUCGUGAGAAAAAGUUUCUGCACUCUGUUCAUAUUAACAGGGGGUUUUCUUUUUUCUUUUUUUCCUGAUCUUUUAUACCUCCAGUUUCCAUUUUUAAACUUUUAAUUCAUUUCUUUUGUAUGGGCUUCAGACUUCAAACUAAAACCAGGACAAAUAGGGUCAGAUCUUACUUGCAACUGAAUGAUGCCCCUCGUUGUAGCUAGCUUAUGUUACAGCAUACAACUUGACUUUCCUUCGGGUUUAUUGCAUAGAUGAAAAGUGGGAAAACGGGAGAUUGCGAGUUUGGCUUUCCCACCAUUAUAGCUGAGAACUACAAAACCCUCAUGGAACUGGAUGAGAUUUGACUUUGAAAGACAAUAAAAAUGGUUGCAUGUGUACAUAGCCUGCUGUUUAACAAAAACCUAGCCACACUAGCUGCACAUUAAGUUUUACUUUUGAGCCAGUGAUAUAUUCAAGAAUAAUGCAUUUUUUUUGCAAAUAAAGAAAAAUGGCUCAAUUCACUGUGUAAGUAGAAAGCUAUAAGCAUAAUCAGGAAUAUCUGGCUUUUGUGCCUUGGAUUUAUAACGUGUGAAAAAACUCUUAUUUCUGUGGUGAUUCCAUGCCUUCAUCUCAAAGCUUUAAAGAGAUUGUUGUUGGAUUUGCCACUUCUGUUUGUUUUUUUCAUGCUUUCUAAUCUGGAAGUACAGGAAUGUACAUGCUUUGUAUGUUAAUGUUCCUUCUUCAAGUAGCGUGGACUUUCACAUUUCUAAUCUUUAGAGUGGGGAGAAGCAGAUUUUACAUUGCUCCCACUUCUCUUAGAUAUUGCAUAGAGUUGCACAGAAAUCACAUUAAACUGGAUAGACAGAUGUCUAAUAUAUGUUUUAGAUGCAUUUAAGACAUACCCUUGCACCCUGAUCAAUUGAAUAGGGUAGGUGUGCAGAAGUAGCUUCUGUACAAAAUUGCCUGUUGGAUUAGAAACAUACAU